AAAAUAGCUGGUUAUCCAUUCGUCUUGGAUGAUAUAGUUAGUUUAUAUUCUAUCUGUGAAUUGCAUCCCCCAACGCCUGCUUUUCACUCUCACUUUUCUCCUUAAUUCUUUUUUCACAUAUGGUGAGCACACCUGUUCUGCAGUGCUUGAGACAAUAUCUUGCGACUUCCGGCUGCCAGCAAGAUGGCGCGUAUUUCCAUGGACCCUCGAAAAUGCCAGCCCUCCAGGUUUACAAUCGACGACGUUGAGAAAACUACGUGCACUGGUCAAUUCCGCUUUACGCCCAGGCCUAUGAUUAAGAAGCCAGCUCGACUCUGGGAUCGCAAGCCAGCGACUCCGGUCUGCCCUCGUUCUAAGUCUCAUAAGAUUUGGAAAAGACUCCAACCUUCGAUGGGUAUUUCUCGAUCAGGGGCGAAAUCGAGAGAUACGGGUGCGGGGGCAAUGGAUAUCGAUGAGAAUGAACUAUUUGAAGAGAUUAAUCCGGUCAGCAGCUCCGGUAAUCGACGUGCUGUGAAGAAGCUGUGUACUGGUAAAGGUGUUAAAUCUGACGAGACCGAGUGGGGGGCCUCGUUUGUGGAAACACGAUCGGAGACGAAUAUUUUCACGCCGCGGCGCAAAUACGUCAUGAAAGAGGGGACAACUAAAGACCACAAGAUGGCGAGUGUUGAUAUUGUUGAGGACGGCGGUGAAGAGAGCUGCGAAGCAGAAGAUACGCCCGGGAAAUCUACAGAGUCACAGUGUGACAUACACAGCCAGCAAUUGGCAACAGCAACCGAAGAGACGAAUAUUUCGGAGAAAUCUAAUGAACUACGCGUGGACAACGUUUCAACUCCAGCUAAAAAACCCUCAAUGAUUGCAUCGCUCCUGAGACAACCACUUCUUGAAGAAGACGAUGUUGAACUGCUUUCCAAUUUCCUAUCGGAAGCUGAAGCGAAGCGAACGACAAACAAUGCAUUGGCGGCAAGAAAAGCAGCCGAGAAAAGGGCAUCUAUAAAACUAUCUCGAUCUCCAUGCAAGCUCAAGGCCCGUCGAGCCCUCGAACACCUUGAUAAGAACUCCCCAACUUCGAUGAUACGGGACAGAUCGCCUUCCAAGCUCUUACAGGCGCCCGCAUCUCCUCUACCUGAAACGGGUAAAGAAAAUGGGCUCGAAGCCGGAACCAGCAAGGAUGAAGAAGAGUCAGCUCCUUCUCCGUCUCCUAGGAAGCGGGGAAGGUCACUGAAGAGACGACUUGUUCCCCGAGUUCCAGAUCAAAUCCCGCUCCGCCGCUCAAAGGGCACGGAAUUCAUCUUCUCACAGAAAACUGACACACAAAAACUCGCUCUCACGACCAAGUCGAAUACCAAGCAGAAUAAGGCCGGUGCAAAACUGCCUCAUCUCGUCAUGAAGACCGUGAACGAGACGUAUUUGAAAAUGAUGGAUGCAUCUCCCCUCUCACCGAAAUCGGGAACGAAGACUGUCACUUGGGAUGAUGCAAAGCUUGUCACUUUUGCCGAAGAAAUAUCGACUCCAACUUUUGAUACUCCCAAAAAGAUAUCAUCGGGAAGGAGAAGCCGGCGUUUAGCAUCGCGUCCGCCACGGCCCGCCACGCCACUACGUUCCUUUGUAUCUCUAUAGUCGGUAGGACAGGGUUACAGCGAAUCAGAAACGUCUUCAAUGUUGUUUGACUGCCGUGAGAAGGGGCUGAGGGUGUUUGCGUGUGGAUUUCCUUGGUGGAUGGCUCUGCUUUAAGCCACAAGUCCUAUGAAGAGAUAAUUCCCAAUUGAUCUGACCUGCCAGGAGAACGGCAUAAUAAUCACAUGGUAAAUCUCAACCCAGCUGGCCAGCAUCAAAAUCCAGAAUAUCCUUCAUAGAGUGAGACUCGAUUGGCUCUCAAGCUUCAAUGGUUCAGCCAUGGGUAGGGUUUGGGCGUUAGGUGUCGCGGUGUGCAUGAUUCUGGUGAUUGUCGGGAAUGGGCUGCUAGUGGCUUCUCUCUUAAUAUUAGAUUAUACCCAGGUUAGAUG